AUGGCGCUCCUCCUUGUACUGGUCGGUGUUGUGGCCGGCGUUGUGCUAGCGAGCAGUCUGCUGCUGCGCUGGAACGAGGUGAGGUACGGCAACGGCCGGAGGAGGCAUGGCGAUGGCUGCUUGCCGCCGGGGACAAUGGGCUGGCCGCUCUUCGGCGAGACCACGGAGUUCCUCAAGCAGGGGCCGGCCUUCAUGAAGCAGAGGAGGCUCAGGUACGGGAGGCUGUUCAGGACCCACAUCCUGGGCUGCCCCACGGUGGUGUGCAUGGACCCGGAGCUCAACCGCCGGAUGCUGCUGCAGGGCGAGUCCGGCGGCCUCGUCCCCGGCUACCCGCAGUCCAUGCUCGACAUCCUCGGCCGCAACAACAUUGCCGCCGUGCACGGCCCGCUCCACCGCGUCAUGCGCGGCGCCAUGCUCGGCCUCGUCCGCCCCGCCGCGCUCCGCACCAGCCUCCUCCCCAAGAUCGACGCCUUCAUGCGCGACCAUCUCCAUGGCUGGGCCGGCAGCGUCGUCGAUGUCCAGAGUUUCAUAGAAGCAUCUUCUGCUUGCAUGGGCAUGAUGGCCUUGCUAUCUGCACUCCGGCAGAUUGCCGGCAUCACAGCAGGCCCACUCUCCGACGCCCUCAAGACGGAGCUGUACACGCUUGUGCUCGGCACCAUCUCCUUGCCCAUCAACAUUCCGGGGACCAGCUACUACCAGGGCUUCCAGGCUAGGAAGAAACUUGUGUCCAUGCUAGAGCAAAUGAUCGCGGAACGGCGAUUGUCUGGUGACGCUCACGAUGACAUGCUGGAUGCUCUCUUGAGAAGCGGCGAUGAUGGGACCAGGGAAAAGCUCAGCGACGAGCAGAUCAUUGACUUGCUCAUCGCCCUCAUCUACUCUGGGUACGAAACCAUGUCGACGACUUCGAUGAUGGCCGUCAAGUACCUAUCGGAACAUCCGCGGGCCCUCGACGAACUCAGGAGAGAGCAUCUUGAUAUCAGGAAGGGGAAAUCGCCGGAGGAAGCAAUCAGCUACGAAGAUUUUAAGUCCAUGGCCUUCACUCGAGCUGUCAUUUUUGAGACGCUAAGAUUAGCCACAGUUGUGAAUGGGCUGCUGAGGAAAACUACUCAGGAUGUAGAAAUGAAUGGGUAUGUCAUUCCGCAAGGCUGGAGAAUCUAUGUUUACACGAGGGAGAUAAACUACGAUCCGUUCAUGUAUCCUGACCCAAUGACCUUCAAUCCAUGGAGGUGGCUGGAGAAGAACAUGGAAUCGCACCCGCACUUCAUGUUGUUCGGAGGAGGCGGGCGGAUGUGCCCUGGGAAGGAGGUGGGCACGGCAGAGAUCGCGACUUUCCUCCACUACUUUGUGACCCGAUAUAGAUGGGAGGAAGAAGGCAAGAACACGAUCUUGAAAUUCCCCCGGGUGGAGGCUCCCAACGGGUUACAUAUCCGAGUUCAAGAUUACUGA